AUGGUUGUUAAUUGUUGGUUCUUAGUCCUUUGGAAUGGAGGAGUCACAGGUUACUUUCAGUCUACCAGAGGCUUGCGGCAAGGGGAUCCACUCUUGCCUUACUUAUUUAUCAUUGUAGAGGAGGUAGUCAGUAGAAAUUUAUCUAAACUGGGUGAAAAGUAUCGUAUAGGUGUUUAUGUGACCCACAGGGGAUAUCCACCUAUCACCCACAGUCUCUAUGCUGAUGACACCAUUAUCUUCACAAGAGAGUCCAAGCAAGUGUUAGAGAAAGUCAUGACAAUAAUCCGGAGGUACGAGAAGUGUUCAGGUCAAUUGGUGAAUAAGGCUAAGAGCUGGUUUUUCACUUCAGCAAAAGCUUUUCACAACAAAAUCCAAAUUAUCACAUCAACCAUGGGUUUCUUGCAUAAGCCUCUUCCCUUCACUUACUUUAGUAUACCAAUUGGUAAGGGUCAUGUGAAAGCAGAAGCCUUUGAUGGGGUUGUGCAGAAAGUGGUAGCAAAAAUUUUGGGCUGGAAAGGGAAAGUGAUUUCGGCAGGAGGAGUUUGGCGCAGGGAUCAGGUUAGGGUUUUUCUUGAGGAGGAGGUUCUCAGCAGUAUUCAGGGGUCCGAUGUGAAGGUCUCUAACAGCCAAGAUAAAAUAGUUUUGCUCCCUGAGGUGAAAGGGGAUUUCUCUAUAAAAUUAGCUUGGUCCUUCUAUAGAACUGCUCAUCCCACAGUGGACUAG